AAUACACUGAACUUUCAAAACAAGCUCACAGCUAGUGCAUGGCUUGUCUAUUUAAUGAUUUUAAGGUGUAUUGAAGGCUAUCUUUUGUUCUUGGCUGUGUUUUAUUGGAGACUUCUAAGAAUUUUUCCUUGGUCUUAAUAUCUCACAGCAUGUAUUUCCUUGGACUAUUGUCUUUGCUUGUUCUGCCAAGUAAAGCCUUCAAGACAAAUUUUCCUGAUGAAACUAUUGCUGAGCUUUCUGUGAAUAUUUACAAUCAGCUACGAGCUGCAAGAGAAGAUGAGAAUAUUGUUUUCUGUCCUCUGAGCAUUGCAAUAGCCAUGGGAAUGAUAGAGCUUGGAGCCCAUGGAACCACUUUGAAAGAAAUUCGACAUACGUUGGGUUUUGACAGCUUAAAAAAUGGUGAAGAGUUUGCCUUCUUGAAGGACCUGUCUGAUAUGGCAACUACUGAAGAAAGUCAUUAUGUUUUGAAUAUGGCUAACUCUCUCUAUAUUCAAAAUGGAUUUCAUGUUAGUGAAAAAUUUUUGCAGUUGGUGAAAAAAUACUUUAAAGCUGAAGUAGAGAAUAUAGAUUUCAGCCAGAGUACAGCUGUAGCUACCCACAUCAAUAAGUGGGUGGAGAAUCAUACAAACAAUAUGAUCAAAGAUUUUGUGUCAUCAAGAGACUUUGGUGCUCUAACUCAUUUGGUUCUCAUCAAUGCAAUCUACUUUAAAGGCAAUUGGAAAUCACAGUUCAGACCUGAAAAUACAAGAACUUUUUCUUUUACUAAGGAUGAUGAAACUGAAGUGCAGAUUCCAAUGAUGUACCAGCAGGGAGAGUUUUAUUAUGGAGAGUUCAGUGAUGGCUCUAAUGAAGCAGGUGGUAUCUACCAAGUUCUAGAAAUACCAUAUGAAGGAGAUGAAAUUAGUAUGAUGAUUGUUCUUAGCAGACAGGAAGUUCCACUGGUCACAUUGGAGCCACUUGUCAAAGCCUCAUUGAUUAAUGAGUGGGCUAACUCAGUAAAAAAGCAAAAAGUGGAAGUAUAUUUACCAAGGUUCACAGUAGAGCAAGAAAUUGAUCUGAAAGAUGUAUUGAAAGGUCUCGGAAUUACGGAAGUGUUCAGCCAUAGUGCUGACCUCACUGCGAUGUCUGAUAACAAAGAACUCUACCUUGCAAAGGCAUUUCAUAAGGCUUUCCUAGAAGUUAAUGAGGAAGGAUCAGAAGCUGCUGCUGCCUCAGGUAUGAUUGCCAUUAGCAGAAUGGCAGUACUGUAUCCCCAGGUUAUAGUUGAUCAUCCUUUUUUCUUCCUGGUCAGAAACAGAAGAACAGGUACUGUGUUAUUCAUGGGGAGGGUGAUGCACCCUGAAGCAAUGAAUACAAGUGGCCAUGACUUUGAAGAGCUUUAACUACUGCCAGCUACCAAAAUGAGGGGAAAAAAGCACAUCAUGUUUGAAGUUAAUAUAUUUAAGGUUUGCUGUGUUCCUCCCCCCCCAAGAUAUUGUUUAAAAUGCUUUCAGAUCUAUGUGCAAGUCAGUUUCCAGAGGGAAAGUUCACAGUAUUAAAAUAAUGGUUCUGUUUUUGUUAUUGUGAUUGCUGUGUCCUUGAAAUAAAAUUGUGUAUAUGUCAA